AUGAAGGCUCCGUGGAUGUUACUGUUCGAGGCCUGGGCCGUCCAGAAACUCCUCCGCAGCCCUGCCUUCAAUAGCAUGGUCCAGAAGGCCUACCGCAAGAUCAAUGGUCUGCCACCCAUGGGCCCCGACAAUGGUCACGGAAGGACCGGCCCGUCCGCUUUCGAUCACUUCCGCACCGAAGUAAAGAAUCAAUUCCGCGAGCUCACAUGGCAGAAGAAGCCUCCAAGAAACUGA